AUGGCCAGCCAAGCACAGCAACACCAGGCAGACAAGAUCGUGUCCCUCGCAAGCCGUGUCAUGUCGCUAGCCCAGCGACACGCAGCCGCCACGCAGGAAGGCGGGGAUGGCACCACCGCACGGGCAGCGCUGUGCACUGCGUGCGAGGAGCUGGCUGUCACCAUCACGGCCCCCGAGGCGUGGCUGUGCCAGGCCGCGGCGUCGUCGCACACGGCCGCCGCGCUGGCGAUCCUGCUGGAGACGGACAUCAUCACGCGGCUGUGUGAGACGGCUGAGCCGGUGGCCGGUCCGACCCUUCUGAAAGACGUUGGCGACAAUGCUACCCCUGCGCUGUUUCGCUGUGCACUGAGACAAUGCGCCGCCAGCCAUCUUUUGGACGAGCCUGUCCCCGGCCAUUUCCAGCGCAACCCGCGCACUGAGCUUCUGCAUGAUCCCUACAUCCGGGACUGGAUUCAUUACCUGGUGGACGAUGGUCUGCGCUGCGCAUCGUGGUUGUCGCGGUAUGCCGCGCAGAACGACUACCAUAUCGCGGACGAGCGACAUCGAAGCGCCUUCGGACUGGCUUUUGAUACAAACACCCCCUGCUACGACUACUACCACCAACUCGACCCGCCGCGCGGCCAGCGCUUCGGCAACGCGAUGGAGGGCUACUUCCGCAUGAACGCGCCCACUCCUAUCGAAGACAUCAUAGCCUUCCCCGCCGUCUGCCCGGAAGAUGGAGUAGUGGUCGACGUGGGCGGCGGCCGCGGCCACCACUCCCUGCGCCUGGCGCAGAGAUACCCGCGCAUGCGCUUCAUCGUGCAGGACUACGCGAACGAAGCUCCGAGCGCGUCCAGCAUCGAUCCCGACCCCGGACUCCGUGAGCGGGUGCGCUGGAUCAAGCAUGAUUUCUUUGAUGAGCAGCCUGUGCGGGGGGCGGGAGUGUAUCUUCUCAGUCAUAUAUUGAUGGAUCAUCCUGAUCGGGAAAGCCAGAAGAUCCUGGAGCAUCUCGCGGAGGCCAUGGACGCCCGCUCGACCCUGCUGGUGGACGACUUCUUCGACCCCGGGGACAGGCGGUUCGGCUCGCCGCAGGGGAAUACCCUGGCGUUGCAUCUGAUCGCGUGCCGGGGGACGGCGUUUCGGACGAUGGAGCAGUGGACGGCGCUGUUUGCGCGGGUGCCAGUGUUAACGGUGGUGGAAUGUCGGAUGCUUGAGCAUGGGCGGGUGGUGAUGAGGGUCUCCAGGAGGGAUGGAGUAGAAUAGGUGUGGAUGAGUGAGCCAUCUCGCUUCAAUGGGUACGAUAAAUGGAAAAAGGGUUAUACCCAUGAGUUAGGGAUCGCGUUGACAGUUUAUGGUUGCAUACAUAGGGU